GGAGCGUCCGCGCAACGUCCGCGUGUUUCAGUCGUCGUUGCACUUCGCGAGCGACAGCAUGCACGAUCGAUCCCGGCUUUCAGGAAAGAAAUUCGAGGAGUACAAUGUACACCAGGAGAACGACAUACGUUAUACCAUGCAGUUGUGCCGGUGGGUCCUGAAACCGAUCGGCAUGUGGCACUUGAUCUACGGCCACCCGUCACAGAGCGAGAGACUCAUCUCGAUAGCGUUGAUCGUCACGUGCUUCUCCGCUCUGUGUUUCGUUCUAAUACCUGCCGGACUGUACACUCUGUUCCGCGAGAAAAACAUCAACAUCAAAGUCAAGCUUUUCGGCCCGGUUGGCUUCUGCCUGACCAGCACGAUCAAGUAUUGUUACCUCGGUGCGCGCGCCGCUGCAUUUGGAAAGUGCAUUCGACAUGUUGAAGACGAUUGGCGGGUCAUUCGGCAUCAAGAUCAUCGCGAGAUGAUGCUGAAGAACGCGCUAAUGGGACGUAGGCUUACCACGCUGUGUGUGCUCUUUCUUUACACCGGCGGACUGUCCUACCACACGAUCAUGCCGCUAUCUUCCAGACGCAAGAUCAACGAGAACUAUACGAUCCGACUGCACACCUAUCCCGGUUAUGAUAUAUUUUUCGAUCCCGGAGCCAGCCCCGCCUAUGAGAUUGUGUUCUGCAUCCAUUGCCUGUUUGCGCUGAUCACGUAUAAUGUUACGACGGCGGCGUGCAGUUUAGCGGCGAUCUUUGUGACACAUGCGUGCGGACAGAUACAAAUACUGAUGACGCUGUUAGACGACCUGGUCGAUGGAAAAUGGAGCAACGGCAUGACGGUGAAAAACCGUCUGAAAGUGAUCGCGAGGCACCACGUGCGACUAUUGAGAUUUUCGAACAACGUGGAGGAAGUGCUACGCGAAAUAUGCCUGAUGGAAAUAGUGGCUUCCACCUUGAUCAUAUGCUUGCUCGAGUACUAUUGCUUAACGGAGUGGAAAAACAGUGAUGCUGUGGCGAUCUUGACGUAUUUCAUCUUGUUAAUAUCAUUCACAUUCAAUAUUUUAAUAUUUUGUUAUAUCGGCGAACUCCUCGUGGAACAGUACAGCAAAAUUGGUUUAGCUGUCUAUGGAAUUAAUUGGUAUAAUUUAUCCGGGAAUAAAGCUCUCGGUCUUACGUUGAUCAUCGCGAUGUCUCAUUAUCCGCCUAAACUCACAGCUGGCAAAAUUGUCGAUUUAUCCAUUAACACUUUCGGUGCCGUACUCAAAACAUCAGUAGUAUAUCUAAAUCUACUUCGUACGGUUACGGAAUAGAAUUAUAUUCCAUGUAUC